AUGUCUCGUGCAGCAAAGCUAACAUUAGGCUCUGCCAUCAUAGUGACAUCAUUUACCAUUUGGGGAGUCCACUAUUUGCAACAAAAAGAGAGGAUGAUCAUGCAUAUCAACAUAGAGCGCGAGGAACAGCAAGGUCGAGAAAUAGAUGAACAGCAAAGAUUACGAUGGGAAAAGAACAGGGAAGAAUUAGAGCAACAGAUUGCACUGCAGAGGGAAUAUGAAAAUAUUCAGCCAGUAGCAUACAAGGAUGAUGACUAG